AUGUUCGAGGGAAGUAGUCUACCUUGGUCUCACCCGGACGAUUCUCUCAAGGCGUGGGAAGAUCAUGCAUCAACGACCGAGAACCGAACCUACGAUGCUCUCAUUGAGUUCCUGCAUCGGCGCAUCCGUGUACGGGAGUCCGUUUCGGUCUAUCACGCUCAACCGCCGCCACACGGUCUCGAUAGUCCUCCCAUCAAGUGUUAUGUUUGUGAACAGCGCCAUCCGUUGGUGAAGUGCAUGAAGUUCGAGAAAAUGAGUGCAGCUGACCGGCUGACCCUGGUCAACGUGAAUCGGCUUUGCUUGAACUGUUUCCGGUCUGAUCAUUUCUCGAGGAACUGUCCGUCGAGAUACAUGUGCAGGUUUUGCAAGAGGCGUCAUCAUUCUCUACUCCAUUCCGGAUUCGGAGACAAUCCAAUAACCUCCGGAUCAAGUAAUGAGACGCAGGCGUCUGCCAACGUAAAUCUGGCCUCAGCGAGUGACGAGUCAACACCGUCCGUUCUAUCGGCAGCCGCAUCCACCCAACCAACGGAGACCAACUGCAGUCUACAGCCUCAAGAGAUUGAGAUAAACGUUUUCCUGCUAACAGCAAUCGUUGUGGUCGUUGAUCGCUAUGGCAAGGAGCACUUGGCACGUGCUCUGUUGGAUUGUGAAUCCCAACCCUACCUGAUAACCGAGAAGAUGGCUCAAUUACCAAGGCUGAAGCGAAGCAAGACGAAAGUUCUUGUCCAGGGAAUUGGUCCACAAACACAGAACGUGAGGGAGUACGUUCACGUUCAGAUCCGGUCCAGGAAGGAGAACUUUUCCGUGGAUGCCGAUUUCCUGAUUCUUCCGAAGGUCACUCCUGAGAUACCCGUCCACAAUGUUCCAGUAGAUCAUUGGAACCUUCCACCGAAGCUCUUCCUGGCUGAUCCCCAGUUCCAUAAGCGUGUGCCAAUAGACAUGAUUCAGUGGAUUGAACAUUUCUUCUCAUUCUUCCAAUCGGCGAACAGGAUCAACUUGCCUGAAUCGCUUCCCACGCUGAUCGACAGCGUUUUCGGGUGGUUAGUGUCUGGCUCAGGAAGCAAAGUACCUACUAUAAGUCAGGAUCUUCCACGCUCCAUUGUAGCGGUAUCCCUGUUCAAUCUGGAAGAGAGCAUCGAGCGAUUUUGGAAGGUUGAAGAGUUGCCGGUCCAGUCCGAUUAUUCAUUAGAGGAGAAGCAGUGCGAAGAACUGUUUUCUUCUACCACUUCGAGAGAUCCAGAGGGGCGAUACAUGGUACACCUGCCUCGUCGAUCCAACUCUGACGAGCUGAUCGGCUACUCCAAGUCAAUGGCACUCAACCGAUUCAAUUUACUCGAACGAAGACUCGAGCGUAAUCCUGAACUGAAGGAAGAAUAUCACAAGUUUAUGGCGGAAUAUCUCUCCCUUGGUCAUAUGCGUCGUGUUCAAGACAGCAGGAAGAACCAGUCUAAAGGAUACUAUCUCCCGCAUCACCCGGUGGUGAAGGAAGCCAGCACGACGACAAAGGUACGUGUAGUCUUCGAUGCGUCGUCCAAAACCUCUACAGGCUUUUCCCUAAACGAAGCUCUGUUAGUAGGCCCCGUGGUACAGGACGAUCUCCUGUCAAUCAUUCUUCGGUUCCGGACGUUUCUUGUCGCACUGGUCAGCGACAUUGCCAAAAUGUACCGACAAGUCCUACUCCAUCCGGACGAUACACUCUUCCAGAGGAUCUUGUGGAGGUUCAGCCAGUCAGAUCCAAUCGAAAUUUUCGAGUUGAUGACGGUGACAUAUGGCUUGAGUCCAUCCUUUUUCCUUGCUACACGCACGCUGCAGCAGCUGGCUAUUGAUGAGGGCAGCACAUAUUCACUGGCUGGACCAAACCUCGUAAAAAACUUCUACGUUGAUGACUUUAUUGGUGGAGCCCAAACCAUCGAAGACGCUGUACAAUUGAGGACGGAACUGAGUGAACUUCUGAAGAAAGGCGGCUUCGAACUUCGGAAGUGGACAUCCAACCAGUUAUCGGUCCUCUCAGGUCUCUCAUCCGACGAAAUUGGCACGCAGUCGUCGAUCAAGUUCGAACCGAUUAUCAUAAGGGGCAAGAUGCUGAUGCAACGGUUGUGGUUGCUUCCGUGUGGUUGGGACGACGAAGUUCCGUAUAUUGCGAGUUCGUGGGAAGAGUUUGCAGGACAGAUUCCGAAAGUUGCAUAUUUCCGUGUCAGCAGAUACGCUUUGCUCCAUACGUUCUCUGAUGCAUCGGAAUCAGCUUAUGGAGCGUUUACGUAUGCUAGGUGUGUGGAUUCUACUGGAAAGAUUCGCGUGGAACUCCUUGCUUGUAAAUCACGAGUCGCACCGCUGAAGAAGAUCUCGCUGCCGCGCUUGGAACUGUGCGCUGCGGACGUGGCAGCCAAACUCCAUUCUCGGAUCGUUGAGGCGCUCCAGAUUUCCAUCACCAGUUCACUAUUUUGGUCGGACUCAACAGUUACCCUGCAGUGGCUACGAGCACUCUCCAACACUUGGAAAACCUUUGUAGAUAACCGAGUUUCGGAAAUACAAAGUUCGACGAAUAGUGCGUUCUGGAAUCACAUCGCCGGUAAGGACAAUCCUGCGGACCUUGUAUCCCGCGGCAUGCACGUUGACGACUUUCUGGCCAGCGAAUUGUGA